UACUCUUUAAAUUAGGAAUGUUACAAAGCUUUGACAUUAUGUUUGUAUUUAAAAUUAAUCAUUCUUAAUCUUGUAAUUUUAAGAAAUCCUUAACAUGUUUUCAAUUGUUCUGAUUUCCCCCCUUAAAUGUUUCUAGCUGGUGUUUCCAUUCAAUAGAAAUCAAAUCAGCUGCCCAUGUAAAACGAUAGCAGGAAGUUUUAAAGUUUUUUUUUCCUUUUAAUCGUUUGAAAUAAAUGAAUUUCCUGUAUUUGAAAACUUUUAAACAAGAAUGAAUAGUGCAGAAGUAUCCACUUCAUUUACCAGUCCACUGACUGCUAGGAUGCAAAAUUCUACAACGCCACUUCGAAUGAAACGCAAGACAUCCAGACGAGAUUUGGGUUUGAAUGUGAGUGCGUCAUGUUCCACUCCAAGGGGACACCGAUUAGGAACUCUAAAUUCAUGUUUUAACUCGCCAACUGCAGGAUCAUCUAUUCCGUGCUCGCAAGAUAGCCCUGAUGUCGUCUGGGAUUACACCUCUCCAAAGCUUCCUAAAGGUGCUAAAAGAAGAGAGAUCAAUAUUACUAUUGAAGAAUUUCUUAAAAAUCUCAAUCAGAAACAAAUUCCUGAUUGUAAUUCUCAAGCAUCUCAUCAUAUAAAACUAUUAGAAAAGUGGAUGGCUCAUCAAACCACUGUUUCCACUACGAAAAACACGCACAAAACAGUCAAAUUGGAAAGUAAGAAGCGUUCAAAACGGGUGAUUGCAGAGAUAAAGCAGUUCAUGGAAUCAAUUCAAAAUAAAAAACAGGACUUUAAAUCCCCAGAAUCAAGGCACAUCAGUGAACUGCAGAAUAAUGAACAAGAUGCAAGGAGUGGAAAUACUUCAUUUACAAAUAUUGAUAAAAAGUCAUUUAUUGAAGGUGCAAGUGGAAGUGAUUCAGCAGAUGAACUAUGGGGUGAUCUUGAUAACAGUUUCAUGGUAAAAGCAACACAACUCUUAGAAGACACUAAUCCUGGUUGUAAAAAUCAAAAUUUAGAUCUUUUAUCAACAAUACCCGAAACAGUUCCUAGUGCUCAGAUUUUGAAUCCAGCUCCUUUGGCAAUAGACAGUCUUGCAGAAACUGCAGCAGAACCCAAUUGUUUGAGUACUUUACAAAAUCACAAAGAUCUUGAAAAUCAGACUGAAUUCAUGUUGACCCAGUUAUUAAACUGUGAGUGGGACACUGAUUCAGAAGAUAAUUGGGACAAUGGUUUUAUUUUGGAAGAUGACGAUUUAAGCCAAAUUCCAGAAGAAGUUUUGUCAGGAAAUAUUGGGAAAAACAAUGUUGCUGAUAGCAUGAAUAGGCAGAAAGAAUCGUGUGCAGAACCUUGUGAUGUACGUUUAAAUGAUGUACAGUUCGACGAUGAAUUAUUUAAGGAAGAAUUGGAAGAAAUGGUGAAUAAAAAUAAAACUUGUACCACCUCCAGUAAAGAUGCUCCAGUAAUUUCUUUGUCCGAAUCAACUGAAAACAAUAGCGGAGAUAUAUUCAAUAACUUUGAUGAUGUUAAUUUUGAUGAUGAAUCUAUUCUAAGCAAACCGGAAGUUUUAUCUUGGAUAGAUGAAGUUGAAAAUCAACUAACUCAAAAGGGAUCACAAGAAGGACCAAAAUGUACUCCCGAGGAGAUAAAGAAAAAGAAAGAUGAAGCCCUUCGAAAACGUCAAAACAAGCAACUGUCUUCAAAGCCCCUAUCAAGAUAAAUUUGUUUAUUGUUUAUAAAUUAAUAUUUUAAGCCAAAUGUAAUAAUUUUGACUGAUGGUCCAUUUUUUAUGUGAGAUGAUGGAGCAGAAUUAUUUUUUCAUGUAUCAGAAAAUUUAUUAAAGUAUUUUAUAGAA